AUGAGUCUAUUCUUCUCCAAUGUUUGUCCAACUAUAGACAAGGGUGACGACCCGAAUGCAUUUGUGCUUAUAGACGAGAAUAGAAAAGUAUCAAGUACAAAUGAUGCAGAGCGAAUAAUUGAAUUAGAAAAGUUAUCAACUCAUAUGAGUCAAACCCAUUCUACCAAUGCAAUAAAAGUAUUUUGGUUUAUAAAAUGUCCUUAUUUAAAACAGAAUUAUCUCAAUAAUUUGAGAAUUGGAAUUUUACAAUAUGUUUUUGUAUUGUAUAUUACAACUGGAAUUGGAUUCGCAUUACAGUAUAAAGGAAAAUAUUGUGAAGAGAUUUUUUCUAUAUAUUUUGGUCAACUCUAUUUGGUGAUUAUUCAAACUGUUUCUGGAUUAGUGGCUAACUUGUGUUUGAACAUGCUAGCAAAACCAGUCGCAAAAUAUCUCGAAUUAAUAGAUAUAAACAGAGGUGUCACUCAUUUAAUUGAAUUAAAGAGUCAAUUAUUCUGGAGAGGAAUUUGUGUCUUUGCGGCACUUUUUGUAAUCACAUAUCAAGGCCACUUUAUUAAUAUACUCGUUUUUUUUGGUCUCAUUAAUUCAACUGAAUACUGGCAACCACUCAACAUUUCAAAAGGAAUUCAAGCAGUUCUAAUAUCAAUAGAAUUGUUUAUAAUAGCAUUAAUUCAAAUAAAAGCAUUUCCAUAUCGCCAAUAUCGACCCGAAAAUAGAGACCGAUCAUCUAUUGUUCGUUCAAUACUUGAUUCGAUGAUCCCGUUUGACUUGAUUAAAGAAUGCCUAUACUUUAUACUUUGUUGUGGUGAGCAAUGA